AUGAACGUAGCCUUGAUUAGCAAAUGGAAGUGGCGUUUGAUUGUGGAAAAGGAAGCGAUUUGGAGGGAUAUUAUAAUUGCUAGAUAUGGCAAUGUUAGGCUUAAGGUUCUAGUUGGGGACAAUUCGGUGUUGGAAAGGAAAGAUUCAAUUUGGUGGAGAGAUUUAAUUUUACCGGAUAAUUAUGAGAACCUUCAAAACAAGCAUUUCGCGGGAGCAAUUGAAUGUACGGUUGGGAAUGGAGAAGAUAUUCCUCUUUGGUAUGCUUGUUGGUUAGGUCCGCAAAUGUUAAUGGAGGCAUUCCCGGAGCUGUACCAUUAUGCAGUAAAUCAUUUGGAGGCUGUUUGUAAUGUCGGUACAGUGCGUGACGGAAGGUGGGAUUGGAGAGUUGACAAACUGGUGGCCACGGGCAGUACUGGAAUUGUGGAGCAGCAGCACUUUGUCUUGUUUUCCGAACUGUAUUAUCUUUUGCAUGGUCUGGCUUUUCGCGGCAGCAGCAUGGAUGGUUUUACGUGGAACUUGUGCGAGGAUGGGGUCUUCACCGUCAGCUCCUGUUACGACCAUUUCAAGGAGAAGCUUUCCGGCCCUCCUUUAAAGCAUGACAAGGUAACUGCUCUGGAUCAUCUUUGGAAAAUAAAAUCUCCUUCAAAAAAUUUGUUUUUCGGGUGGCGUUUGAUUCUUGAAAAAUUAGCCACAAAAGAUCAAUUGGCUAGAAGAGGUAUUCUAGUAGAAGGUAUAGAGACCGCUUGUGUGUUUUGCCAAUCGGAGGAGGAAACAUUAGUACACUUAUUUGCGGGUUGUUCGGUUACUUUAGGAAUUUGGCGGAAAGUUUUUGGUUGGACGGAUCUUGGUACAACAAUGUCAUUGGAGGAUUUUGUGAAUUUUUUUCACAAUUGUAGCAAUAUAAAGUGUGUUAAUAAAAGGUUUAUAGGAGCGGUGAUUUGGCUCUCGACGGUGUGGAGCUUGUGGCUCAAACGCAACGCGAUGGUUUUCAAAAAUGAAACUUUUAGCUUUACCGAUUGUAUGACGGAGAUUGUUUUCAAUUCGUGGAGGUGGCUUAACUCGUUUUAUAAACGGGUGGACUUUUGUAAUUUUUAUCGAUGGAAUAUCCUACCGCUCUCUUGUUUUGAGGCUUAG